GCCGCCGACACAGGGAAGCCGUCACUUUAGUUGAGGCGUUCGGGAGCCGCUGCCGAGGUGAGAGACGGAGUCGGCGCGCGAGCAAGAAAGAACACGCUGAGAAUGUGUGUGUGUCCUGGGCCCAGGCGGAUUGCGAUUCCAGUCAGAAGCCCCCGGUUGCCUUUGUUCUCUGAUGCCAUGCCAGCACCAACUCAGCUAUUGCUCCCAUUAAUUCGCAACUGUGAGAUUGGCAGGAUAUACAAUACUGCAUGCUACUGUCACCACAAACAUCUAUGUUGCUUGUCACCUCAUUUAACGCAUAGUCAUUUAAGAUAUGCCCCGCAGAAGAAGCUUGCAACGCUUUGUAGGCCAAAAGAGAACUUCACUCAGUUUAUUCAUGCCAGAAACUAUGUCUCCACACCACAGAGAUUUUACCUCACCCCUCCACAAGUCAACAGCAUAUUGAAGGCAAAUGAAUACAGCUUUAAAGUUCCAGAAUUUGAUGGCAAAAACUUAAGUUCUGUCCUUGGCUUUGAUAGCAACCAGCUUCCAGCUAAUGCUCCAAUAGAAGACCGAAGAAGUGCAGCCACUUGCUUACAAACAAGAGGGAUGCUUCUUGGUGUCUUUGAUGGCCACGCAGGAUGUGCUUGUGCACAGGCUGUCAGUGAAAGACUUUUUUAUUACAUUGCUGUUUCUCUGUUACCCCAUGAGACUUUACUUGAAAUAGAAAAUGCUGUAGAGAGUGGUAGGGCCCUGUUACCUAUUUUACAGUGGCACAAGCACCCCAAUGAUUAUUUCAGUAAGGAAGCCUCCAAACUGUAUUUUAACAGUCUACGAACAUAUUGGCAGGAACUCAUUGAUCUCAACACUGGGGAAACAACUGAUGUAAAAGAGGCUUUAAUUAAUGCCUUUAAGAGACUUGACAAUGAUAUUUCUUUGGAAGCCCAAGUAGGAGACCCAAAUUCUUUUCUCAAUUAUCUGGUUCUGCGUGUAGCCUUUUCUGGUGCAACUGCUUGUGUGGCUCAUGUGGAUGGAGUUGAUUUGCAUGUUGCUAACACUGGUGACAGCAGAGCCAUGCUUGGUGUCCAAGAAGAAGAUGGGUCAUGGUCUGCUGUUGCUUUGUCCUAUGAUCAUAAUGCACAGAAUGAAAGGGAGGUGGAGCGAGUCAAAAUGGAGCAUCCAAAGUCUGAAGAAAAGACUGCUGUAAAACAAGAUCGGUUACUAGGCUUGCUGAUGCCUUUCAGAGCUUUUGGAGAUGUCAAAUUUAAAUGGAGCAUUGACCUUCAGAAGAGAGUGAUAGAGUCGGGUCCAGAUCAGCUCAAUGACAAUGAAUAUACAAAGUUCAUACCACCAAAUUACCAUACUCCUCCUUACCUCACAGCUGAGCCAGAGGUUAUACAUCAUAAACUAAGGCCUCAGGACAAAUUCUUGAUACUGGCGACCGACGGUUUGUGGGAAACCAUGCACAGACAAGAUGUGGUUAGAAUUGUAGGUGAAUACCUAACGGGUGUUCAUCAUCAACAGCCAAUAGCUGUUGGAGGUUACAAGGUAACUCUGGGGCAGAUGCAUGGCCUUUUAACAGAAAGGAGAGCCCGUGUUUCUUCAGCCUUUGAAGAUCAGAAUGCAGCAACUCAUUUGAUACGCCAUGCUGUUGGGAAUAAUGAGUUUGGCACUGUUGAUCAUGAACGGCUGUCCAAGAUGCUCAGUCUUCCAGAAGAGUUGGCACGGAUGUACAGGGAUGAUAUUACAAUUAUUGUUGUGCAGUUCAAUUCCCAUGUUAUAGGUGCAUGUCAGAAUGAAGAGUUCUGAAAUUUUAAACUGAGGUGUUGAACCAAAGUUUUCAAAGAUCAACCUGGCCAGUACUGCGUCUUCAGAGUAAAAUGUAUUCAGUUAAUAUCUGGUCAUUGGCAUUGUGGAGGGAGCAAGUAUGCUAAUAACUGUUUGCAAUAAGGGACAUUGGUCAAAAGUUUAUAAAUUAUCAGGAGAGCAGAACAACUUGGGACAACUUUGCACUAAUCUUGCUUUUGAGCAGUGGCUUGUUGUAAGUUACUGUAUGGGGCAGCACUAAAGGCUUCAUAUGCAUCUGUGCAGUGUUCUGUAGGGCAAAAAAUCCUUAUGUUUUUCACAUGUAAAUAUGUAUAUGUAGCCAUUUCAAUAACUAUAUGUAACAUUGAAUGGCUACUCCAUUGUAAAACAAUUCAAGUAGGGCUGAUGGUUUUUAUAUUUAUGGAAUAACUGUGGUAUCUUCUCUUCAGGAAAGGAAGGAAACUUUUUAACAAGCAGACAAAUACCUUUAUUCUCCCUUUGGGUUGUGAAAUUACAGUUGAAGCAUACCUAGAAUACCAGUGUUAAAUGUAGAUGUCUUUAAGUCAUAAGUAUCUUAAGCCUGUCCACAAGUAUUGGAAAUGCAAUAAUAUUUUACUUUGAAUGACAUGUCUGCUUCUAUUGGCAAGACUUCAUUCGUUUGCACAGUUCAAGGACAACAGAUGAUGACUGAAGAUCUGUUAACUAGGGGGUAGAACUAUCUUAAAAACCUUUGGCUUGCAUUAUGAACCUGUAAUUUUUUUUUCUUAAUCUUUAGACUGUCUCGCAAAAUGCACUGUUAGCAAGUACCAAACCUGUUUCUCGUCAUUAGGCUGCUCCUUCUUGAAUCUAGGCAGUCAGUUGUCCUUUUGUAAAGUAGUGCAGUCUCAUGCUUUGUAGUUUGAAAUAAAGUUUGGUCUUGUGUUCUGGAUGUUUUAAGUAUCACGAGGUAAAAACUUGUCCAUAAAUCUUGGUUCCCAUGGAGACUGUUGAAGAGUGUAAUAAGAUUCAAAUAGGUAAAGUUGGCAUGCUAUAUGUUUAACCCUCCCUAGUAACACUGCAUCAUCAAUGGUAACAUUUUCAGAAUUCCAUGAUUACAUUUGCUUACAUGUAAAAUUCAUAUCUACCCUACAGUGCUCCUUUGAAAUUGUCAGGCAAAUUAAAACUGUUUUCUCAAUAGCUACAGUUAUAAAUGUUCUUGAGCUUAUGUGUAAAAUUGAAGAUUUCCCAAAUGUGCAUCAAAGCUGUUGCCUUUUAUGUAUAAUCAAAUUGGCAUGAUUUGUUUUUGGAACACUGGUAGGUUAGCCAGAGUUCAUUCCAUCUAGGGGUAAAUUACUUGCAGAUUGACAUAGAAAGAAUCUACUUUUCUGCAAAAAUACUUCAGGGUUCUGUGGGUCUUUCUGUCAUCCUUAUGGUUGGUUCUUCAGCUGCUACGUUCUAAAGAAUCAUUUAUCUUGGCAAUAUGGAUGUUUUUAAAUGAAGUGAAGGAAUACUUAUUUGCAAAUACAGAAAUAUCUAAAUCACUUGUUUUAGCACUAAUACUUCAUUUUCUUUUUAAGCACUGAAAUCCAUACUUUUGUAUAUAAAGAAACAAUUGUGGAAAUACAGGUAACAAAAGUAAUCACAUGCUUCCUGACCUAAGGUGGUAUGGUACUUUAUAUACUUAUGUACAUCUGAAUAAAGCUAAUCUCAGAAUAUCUGAAUCUUUGAAGGCUACCUACUAUCCUAAUGGUGGCCUUACCAUUCUCUGUCCAAGAAGCUUAAUUAUGCAGCUAUCCUUGGCUCAUAUUUUCCAGACACUCCCUGAAUGUUCAUUUUACUGUUAGUAAAAAUCUGAUCUUUAGCAGCUUCAUUGUUAUUGCCUUUGUAGAUGGAAUAGCUAAAUAUCAUUAUCUAGGUGAAAUCUUUUUUGUAUGCUGUCUAUAAAAUAAACUGUUACAUUAUCUAGAUUUCCUUUUUUACAUCUGCAAUGUAUUAUAUAUAUUGUAUAACUCAUUUGGGUUUGGAAUGAAUCUUAAUGAAUUGGACUCUAGUCCUAUAAGUUCAGCACUUAGGGGGGCUAACUUUGUAAAACGAAAGAACAAAAAGGUGGGAUUGAAAUGAAACAUUAUUUAUAUAUUGUUAGAAGACUUCCUAACUAGGUAUGCAAUUGAAAUGGUAUUGUGGCUUUCUGAACAUCACAAUUUAUGGUCUAAUUAUCUUUUAGAAGACUUCAAUAAAAUCUAUUACAGAAA